CCAACUUCACCUCCUACCGCCUCUACAUCUCUCCUCCUGCCCUCCCUCUCGUACCCAUUUAUCUGCUCGAGGACGCCCCGCGCUCAUAAUUGUCAAGAUGGGCAUCAACAACCCUCUCCCGUCGUCACUGUCGUCGGAGUGCAAAAAGUGCGGAAAGAUUCUCGCCUCCUUCGUCGAUCCUCGGCAAGCAUUCGGUCCUGACAAGGUCAUUCCACCGUCGGUGCUUGCCUCUGCGAAGGGUCUUGCCAUCCUCACUGUCAUCAAGGCAGGAUUCCUUGGGUCUGCUCGCUUCGGCUCUGGUCUUGUCGUCGCCCGCCUGCCCGACGGUUCCUGGUCCGCGCCCUCCGCCAUUGCAACCGGCGGCGCUGGUUUUGGCGGCCAAAUCGGCUUCGAGCUUACCGACUUCGUCUUCAUCCUGAACGAUGCCGCCGCCGUCAAGACGUUCUCGACUGCCGGAUCUCUCACGCUCGGUGGCAAUGUCUCACUUGCCGCAGGUCCUGUUGGUCGCAAUGCCGAGGCUGCCGGAGCCGCCAGUCUGAGGGGUGUCGCGGGCAUCUUCAGCUACAGCAAGACCAAGGGCCUGUUCGCAGGUGUCAGUUUGGAGGGAUCUGCGAUAAUAGAGCGCAAGGAUGCCAACACGAAACUUUAUGGUCGGCCCAUCAGCGCGCGCGACCUGCUUUUGGGAAGCGAGCGGCCCCCACCCCAAGCCGCGCCUCUGCUCAAUAUUCUCAACUCGAGGGCGUUCAAUGGCGUGCGUUCAGGGACUUACGACGACAACAUGUACAAUGACGUGCCGGUGUAUGGCGACACGUACGAUGAUAGCUCCAGUAGUCACGGCCACUCGCGCAACGCCACCUACGGUGGAAACAGUGGGCAGGGAGAGUUUGGCGCACCAAAGAGGGCGAGCACGUGGCAGGAUGAUGUCUACGAUAGCCCUCGAGCAUUCGGGUCGGGAUCGAGGUCCAGCACACUCCAGGACGUCACCGUGCCCAGGGAGUACCAAACACCCGAGGAGCGUAAGGUCGGCCCAGGUAGACCUGCUGCGCCCAAGCCCAACUUCCAGAGCAAGCAGGCCCUCGUGAAGAAGAAUGAGGCCGUCGCUCUGUUCACAUUCGAAGCGGAGCAGCCAGGCGAUCUGGGCUUCAAAAAGGGAGACAUCAUCACGGUGCUGAAGAAGACAGACAGUGACAAUGACUGGUGGACCGGCAUGAUCGGCACAAAACAUGGCACUUUCCCGAGCAACUAUGUCAAGAUGAAGGAGUAGACGGCUGCGGAAAGUUGUAAGGCAGCCAACCAUUCAUCUGGGUAUGUUGCGGAUGAACGCCGGCAGCCACAUGUUCCUAUUUCGACGAUCAGGUACCAAAAUAUUGCCAACCUCGCAACGACCAGUCCCAACAACGCAAAGUAUACGAAUCAAUGGUAGCUGAUCAUCCAGUGCUCAUCCCACUGGCAUCCCAUUUCCAGCAUUUGCACACAAACUGCACGCCACAGGUCGACCGCCCUUCCCCAGCCUAUCAAUGAGCCAGAGAUGCAACUUUCCUCUUACCUAGCAGACGAAUACAGUUGGUCUAGGGUUGAGAUACGUCGUCAGCGUGGGGUAGACGAUGUUGAUCAAGAUUCCAGGAUCCGUAGCCUCAUAGGCUCCGGGGAAUGCACCCAACUUCGAAGGCGUCUUGCU